AACUUAUGAUUCCUGAUUAAUUACAAGGAAUGGAAAGUAGAAGGGGUUAUGUGGAGUGUUAUAUAGUGGCAAGUAGAGGCAGAGAGAAAAGAGAAAGGCGUGGGAAUUAAGCAUAUUAAUUCUGGUUUGUUUGAAGCAAAGCAGAAGCGAAGAGAGAGAGAGAGAGAGAUGGACGACCCAGAAGCUCAGGAAAGACUGGAGAAAUAUGUAAGCAGCUUGUCAAAGGGAGAAGCUGCGAGAGGCCUCUCAAUUGCCAAGCUUCACAAAGGUUUUCUGCUCUGCGAUUUCAUAGUUCAUCAUGGCGUCUCAGAUGAAAAUGGGAAGUGGCAUGGAGGAGCAAUGGUCACUGUGAUGGACGUCAUAGGCGGCUGGACGGCCUCCACCUUCACAUCACAAGAACACGUCUCUGUUUAUCUCUCUCUCUCUUUCUACUCAAAACCCAACCUCCAGGAAAUGGUGGAAAUAGAAGGGAAGGUGACUGGCCAGAAGGGGAGGAUGACGUCGGUGAGGGUGGAGGUGAGGAACAAGGUCCGUGGUGGACAAAUGGUUGCGUCCGCCGACAUGUGGGUGGCGCCUUCUCCUGCAAAAAAGAAAGGAGUUCAUCAAACAAACAAAAAGCCUCUCUCUUCCAAACUUUGA